AUGCCAGGAGAGGUUCUUCUGACGGAGGAAGACUUGUUCGUGCCUUUUCCCAUCGAUGAAACACUCGAGAGUCUCGAGACGGGUCGCAGCAUCCUCCGAACUCGCAGUGUCUUUGUGGGUGUCCUCCUAGGAGGAAUCGUCAACGCAGCCAAUGUUUACCUCGGCCUUCGGAUGGGCAUAACUUUUCCCGCAAACCUCUUCGGCGCCAUCGUCGGCUUUGCCGUCGUCAAGACCUUGAGUAAAGCCUUCUCAGAGUCUUUCCCGAUUCUUGGAGGAGCCUUUGGACCGAAAGAAAAUGCAAUCAUUCAGACAAGUGCCACGGCUGCCGGUGGUCUCAGCACUGUCUUUACCAGUGCCAUCCCGGCUCUGUACCAGAUGGACCUCCUGCACACUCCAACAGCGGAUUAUGGAAGAAUCGUUCUCUUCACUCUGGGUCUUGCUUACGUAGGAUUCUUCUUUGCUACACCGUUCAGGAAACUCUUCAUUAUUCAGUUAUGCAGAGCUCUCAACCUUGUUUUCCCUACCGCAACUGCCACGGCCACAACGAUCCAAUCCAUUCAUAUCGCAGCUGCUGGCGAAACCGCAGCGAUGAAAAAGGUCAAGAUGCUCGGCAUUGCGUUUAUAGCAGCUCUAGUCCUGAGAGUCGCUUCCAACUUUGCCCCUGGCAUUCUUUGGGACUGGCACAUCUUCACAUGGUUCUUCAUCUGGGGUGGCCAUAACAACGGGGCCAUCUUUGUUGAGAAUUGGGGUUGGUUUCUUGAAUGGACACCUGCCAUUAUCGGCUCUGGCAUGAUGGUCGGCACCAACACGGCCGCGUCCAUGUUUGCCGGCGCUGUCAUUAGCUGGGGCAUAAUUGGGCCUGUUCUGGUUCGAACCGGAGUGGCUAGCGGUGUCAAGAUCAUGGGCCCUGACUACACGGGUCCGUGGGAAGAGUUGACGACUUAUAUGAGCAUGAACCUGGAAGACCCUGUCAACAAGCCUAGUCCGCGGUACUGGCUUCUUUGGCCUGGAGUUCUUCUUAUGGUAGCGGUUUCGAUCGUCGAGGUACUCUGUCAGUACCGGCUCCUCUCUAUCGCCGCCAAGGUCCUGGCUCACAGAGUAUGCGCCUCCUUCUGCUCCGCCUGUCAGGCCAUUGGCAUCAAAGCCACAUGGAUUGAACGCUAUUCCGAAUCCUACGACGAUAGAUCUGAAGGCGCAGCAGACGAGUCACAGGCUAUCAAGCCGUGGAUGUGGAUCAGUGGCCUGGUUGUGUCGAUUAUUGUAACCUGCCUCAGUUGUGGCUUACAAUGGGGAAUGCCCUUGUCAAUGACCAUCGUUUCCAUCAUCAUGGCCGUCAUUCUGACCGUCUUGGCCAUUUUGAGCACCGGAAUGACGGACAUGACCCCUCUUACCGCCAUCGCGAAGUCUUCUCAGCUGGUCCUCGGAGGCAUGACUCGUGGAGAUAGCUGGACUCUAGCUAAGGCUCAGACUCUCAACUCUCUGGGUGGUGCCGUUGCAGCUGGUGUAGCGAACCAGGCGACUGACCUGACGGCCGAUUUCAGAGUUGGAUUCCUUCUCAGAACCCCCCCUCGAGCACAGUGGAUAGCUCAGCUGCUUGGUAGCGGUGUUGCCAUCUUCCUGGCACCGGCCAUUUUCCUGGUCUUUGCAUCGGCCUACCCUUGCAUUCUGGAUAUCACAGCUGAGACCUGCGCUUUCUCAGCCCCAUCUGUAUCUGCUUGGAGAGCAGCCACCAUCGCAGCAACAAGCCCGACCCUUCCCAUCCCCAAAUCAUCUGGCAUCUUUGCCAUCUGCAUCACUGUUGUUGGCUGCUUGGUAACCAUCAUAAAGCACUUUUAUCUGGUGAAGGAACGACAGAAGUACCGUCUCUAUCUGCCAAACUUUAUGACGCUUGGUCUGAUGAUGGUUAUCCCACAACCUUGUAUUGGAACAGCUAUGAUGAUUGGAGCUAUCAUCGCGCUGCUUUGGAAGAGAUUCCGCCCGGCUAGCUAUAAAGGUAAAAGUGUGACACUCGGUUGA